GAGAGUGCAUAGCCGUGUUUAAAAUAUUGUGGUGGCAAUAUCAGUAACUUACUCACCCACAUCGAUAUAUGAAUCUUAUCUGAAGUAUGAGUGUGGACUGGUGAUAAGAGUCGAGUCCCGGCUAAUCUGUCGCCCAUAUGGGGACACCUGAAAAGGCGAUUCGGUUUCAUUAAGCUGAUAUACUUACACGUUGCCGGCAGUCGGGCAAAGAGAGACACUUUACUUUUAACCAUGAGCAGCGACAACCACUUUCAGUACGGCGAUGAAACUGGCGCAUAUACAGAUGCGGAGGCGGACAAGAGCUUCGCCUUUGAUGACCAGAGCAUCCGGAAGGGAUUUAUCCGGAAGGUCUACUUGAUAUUGAUGUGCCAACUGCUGAUCACUUUCGGUUUUGUUUGUGUGUUCACCUUCUCGAAAGCCUCGCAGGAAUGGGUACAAAAAAAUCCUGCCCUUUUGUGGAUAGCAUUGGCCGUUCUGAUCGUGACCAUGAUUUGCAUGGCCUGCUGCGAAAGCGUGCGCCGAAAGACGCCGCUGAACUUCAUCUUCCUGUUCCUGUUCACCUUGGCGGAGUCCUUCCUUUUGGGAAUGGUUGCUGGACAGUACGAGGCGUCUGAGGUCAUGAUGGCAGUGGGAAUCACGGCGGCAGUGGCCCUGGGACUCACCCUGUUCGCCCUGCAGACCAAGUACGACUUUACGAUGUGCGGUGGAGUGUUGGUGGCCUGUCUGGUGGUGUUCGUCAUCUUUGGCAUCAUCGCGAUAUGCAUUCCUGGCAAGGUGAUCGGACUGGUCUAUGCUUCCCUGGGAGCUCUGCUCUUCUCCGUUUACCUGGUGUACGAUACCCAGUUGAUGCUGGGUGGUAAUCAUAAGUACUCCAUCAGUCCUGAGGAAUAUAUCUUCGCCGCACUGAACCUCUACCUGGAUAUCAUCAACAUCUUUAUGUACAUACUGAGCAUCAUCGGAUUGUCUCGAUAGACAGGACAUGCUGAUCCGUAGUUUUCAUUCCAGUUUUAGAGAUAUAUAACUUAAUUUUAUGUGCCCAGUGCCACCUUAGCCACGAAGAAAUACAGACCGACUAACUAACCGUA